AUCCAACUGGCAGACGCGUUGGCCUACCUGCACAAGAAUGGCUUCGUUUGUGUGGAUUUGUCUAUGGAUACAGUUAUGAUCACCGCUGGGAGGGAUAAAACCGUGAAGCUAGUGAACAUAAGCAAGCCUGUCACGAUGUCACCCCCAGAUCCCAACUCCAGCAUAGGGUCUAUGGUUUAUCUCCCCUACAGCGUCCUCGAUGGCACCAAACCUUACGAUGCAGAUUGCAACAUCUACGCCCUUGGGCUCAUGAUGUGGGAGAUAUGGCAUAAUGGACACGUAUACAAAGUUCACAGAAAUCUUACAGUUAGAGUCUUCAGUGCCGGCAUCAGGCAGGGCAACUUCCCCCUGGAGUUUGAAACUGGUAAAAUGGACCCGACCUUGGAGGCAUAUUGGGAGAAGACCAUGAGGACCUCUCUCUCCGGGGAUAUAGCCAUAAAAGACUGCAAAGAUCGGAUGCGUAGAAUAAAGGAUUUACUGAACCGAAAAGAAAGUGCUGUGUGAUGAUGUUAACUGUCAUCAAACAUGUAAAUGCUUUUUCUGGAACGGUUUAUCAAGUGACCGUAUUUUUUUAUUAAUUGGUUAUAUAUUAAUUAAGAAGUGCCAAAUUUAUCUUAAAAUGUGAUGUUUAUUAAAGUGGGCAUGCAAUGUACAGGUAGCUGUUGGUUUAAUUGCCUAGGUUUUGCGUAGGGUAAUCACAUAUUCAUACAAAAAGCAUGUCAUGUACUUGUGUACUUGUCUAAUGAUGAUUCAUCUUUGAAUUCGUCUUAAUCUAUAUGUGUGUGUGUGUGUGUGUGUGUGUGUGUGUGAGUGUGUGUUAUAAAGUAAUUGUUAAGAUGUUUUUUCCAGUGAAAAUAUUUGAGCCAAUUACAUGUACUCUAGAGGAUCAAAAUAGUUUUACAUAAUAACAUUUGCAGUUGCAGUGAAUAUUCUUUGGUAACACACAUAAAAUGUAUUUUAUCUAGAAAAGCUAUAUCAGUUAUAAUACUAUGCCAGCUUUUGUAUAGUGGUGUUUUGUAUGGGGAUCGACACACCACUAUAAGACUUUGUGUUUUUGCAUAAGAUAAGCAUACAUCCUACCCUUAUAUCAAUCGCAAUAUUGAGCGGUAUAAUGUUUAUUUGGUCUCUGUGUUAGGCACAUGUUUUUUUCUUAACUUCAUGAACUCGAGAAAACAUUUACCGCUCAUACAGUUUUUAAAGAAGGAACUUUGCAGUUCGAAACUAGUUUGUCGGUUUAUUUGCCUAGAUUUUGCAUAGGGUAAUCACAUAUUCAUACAAAGAGCAUGUCAUGUACUUGUUUAAUGAUGAUUCAUCUUUGAAUUCGUCUCAAUCUAUAUGUGUGUGUGUGUGUGUGUGUGUGUGUGUGUGUGAGUGUGUGUUAUAAAGUAAUUGUUAAGAUGUUUUUUCCAGUGAAAAUAUUUGAGCCAAUUACAUGUACUCUAGAGGAUCAAAAUAGUUUUGCAUAAUAACGUUUGCAGUUGCAGUGAAUAUUCUUUGCUAACACAUAAAAUGUAUUUUAUCUUGAAAAGCUAUAUCAGUUAUAAUCCUAUGCCAGCUUUUGUAUAGUGGUGUUUUGUAUGGGGAUCGACACACCACUAUAAGACUUUGUGUUUUUGCAUAAGAUAAGCAUACAUUCUACCCUUAUAUCAAUCCCAAUAUUGUGCGGUAUAAUGUUUAUUUGGUCUCUGUGUAGGGCACAUGUUUUUUCUUAACUUCAUGAACUCAAGAAAACAUUUACCGCACAUACAGUUUUUAAAGAAGGAACUUUGCAGUUCGAAACUAGUAUCGUUUUUCAAAAACGAUUUUGACACUUAUAUCUUUUAAAAAAAUGAAUUACUAUUAUUUUGUUUUAAUGAAAUGGAUAAGCAGUCAAUGACUUUGAGUCUUAUUACAAUGAGCCAAAGAAUGUAAAUAAGGCUAACAGUGCGACUAACAGGAAGUAAAAGAUAGCAACAGAAAGAUUAGACAAUUUUUUAUGAUGAGAUGAAGUAAAAUAUGCAUGAAUACGGAUUGAGAACUUAGGUCAAUCAUCACAUCAUUGCCCCCUUAGGCAAUUACAACAAUCUGAAUGACCGCUUAUUAAUCGCUUUUAAUGAAGAGUUAUGGAAGAAGAAUAAGAGAUAUUAUUUAAGAGCGUAAACACCCCACCAUUACUAAAGAAGCGAAUGUUAAUAAUUGAAAAAUACCUUAGAAUGUUAAGUUGUGGAAAAAACAGAAACUAGGAUUGGAAUGCGACAUGAUAAGAUAAGAAAAAGUCUUGUGAUUAAAAAAUAAGGA